GGGAAUUAUUUACUUGCCGGUUUUUUAUGUUGAGGAAUUUGCUAAAGUCACGCUUUCUGAGCCGCCGCACGAUGUCCUGCUUCUCGCAAGUGCUAAACCCGAUGACAGGGAAAAACUCCUGGCAGGAGCGCGGCGACGACUACGACUACCACCUGGAGGUGGCGAACGCGGGAUUCGGCGACAUGCUGCACGACUGGGAGCGGAAUCAGAAGUACUUUGCGGCUUUGAGGAAGACCAUUGGCGGAAUGCGGGCGGCGGGCAGGGAGGUCCAUGUCCUGGACAUCGGCACCGGCACGGGCAUCCUCUCCAUGAUGGCCCUCGCUGCAGGAGCGGAUUCGGUGACUGCCUGCGAGGCCUUCCUCCCGAUGGCCAAUUGCGCGGAAAAGAUUUUGGCCGCCAAUGGAGUGGGCGACCGGAUUCGCCUCAUCCGCAAACGUUCCACGGAGCUGCUGGUGGGCGAGGAUAUGCCGCGGAAGGCCAAUCUCCUGGUGGCCGAGCUGCUGGACACGGAAUUGAUCGGCGAGGGCGCCAUCGGGAUUUAUAAUCAUGCCCAUGCCGAGCUGCUCACCGAGGAUGCCCUCUGCAUUCCCGCCCGCGCCAGGUGCUACGCCCAGGUGGCCCAAUCCCCGCUGGCGGCGCAGUGGAACAGCCUGAAAACGCUGGCCAAUCUGGAUGGCGAACCUCUGCUGCAUCCGCCGGAGCAGCUUAAGAAAUGCGCCGGAGAGGCGGGUCUCCAUGACGUCCAGCUGUCCCAGUUGCCCACCGCCGCCUUCCGUCCGCUCACCGAUCCCGUGGAGAUCUUCCAGUUUGACUUUCAGCGGAAGGAGGAGAGGGAGAAGCAGCGGCAGCAGCUACUCCAAGUGCAAUCCAAGCAGCCGGGCGCCGCUGAGCUGGUCUUCUACUGGUGGGACAUUCAAAUGGACGAUGACGGCGAGAUCCUGCUCAGCUGUGCUCCCUACUGGGCGCAUCCGCAGCUCAAAGAACUGACUGCUAAGAAGGCAAGGGAUCACCCACUGGCCAAUGUGGUGCCCUGGCGGGAUCACUGGAUGCAGGCCAUCUACUACAUACCCAGGCCCUUCCAGCUGCUCGAGGCAGGUAAAACGUUUCACCUGAGCUGCCACCACGACGAGUACUCCCUGUGGUUCGAUGCUCGCGAGGAGGAGGAGCCUAAGAAGAGUGUGCGCCGGCAUACCUGCUCCUGCGACCUGCACAUGACCUACUCGCGCAGCCGGAUCGGACAGCUUAACCAGUCGCCGAGGAACAAGCGCUACCUGCGCUACCUGGAGGAAAAUAUUGAGUCGGGAAAAUCCAAUCUCCUGGUUUUGGGCAACGGCUGCCUGCUCGGCUUGGCGAGCUCUGCUUUGGGCGCCGCCUCUGUGAAGCUGCAUGAACCGCAUCGCUUCUCGCGGAGAUUACUCGAGUCGAUUGUCCAGCACAAUCAGCUGAAGAACGUGCAGUUUGUGGACAAAGUGGAGGAGAUCGAAGAUGUGACUUCCCUCACCCACAUCUUCGCAGAGCCCUACUUUUUAAAUUCGAUCCUUCCCUGGGACAACUUUUACUUUGGCACCUUGCUGAUGAAAAUCAAGGACAGACUGCCGGAGAAUGUGAAGAUUUCGCCCUGCUCGGCGAGGAUCUAUGCGCUGCCCGUGGAGUUUCUGGAUCUGCACAAGAUUCGAGCACCUAUUGGCAGUUGCGAGGGUUUCGAUCUGCGUUUGUUCGAUGAAAUAGUGGAGCGCUCUGCUGAGCAGGCUGUGUCCCAGGUGGAGGCCCAGCCUCUGUGGGAAUACCCCUGCCGUGCCCUUUCCGAACCCCAGGAAGUGCUCAAUGUGGAUUUUGGCAACUUUAGCAAGGAACUUAGCCUCAAGGGAAGCAUAGAACUUAUCAAUCCUCUAACCUGUAAUGGAGUGGCUCUGUGGGUGGAUUGGCAGCUGAUAGACGACAGCAGUCCCAGAUCUAUCGUAAGCAGUGGUCCCAGUGAACCCGUCACGCCCGGUGACUUUGUCAAGUGGGAUAUGUUCGUGCGACAGGGCGUGCACUUUCCCAGGAAACCGAAAGAAGCCGCAAGUCACCUCGAAUGGAGCACGGACUUCAAACCUCUGCUAGGCGAACUUAACUUUAGCUUUCGCCAAAAGAAGCUCUAGAAUUUAAUCGUUUAUUCCACAAAAAUUUGAAUGAACGUCAGGGGUAAAUACAUUGAGUGAUAAUAUUUCGUAUGAAAAUCCAAACUAAUCCUUGGGAAUCUCGUUCUCCAUGCGUGUGAGCGUUAUGUUCCUGUCGGUCUGCGAGGCAUUCGAGGUCUUGGAGCCGAACUCUCCGCCCCGGAGACG